AUGCCUCGGAAAUUCGAUAAGAAGAACGCUAAGACGUUCGAACUUGUCCAUCGUUCUCAUGAUGAUGCUCAUUUCUUUGAUGACGAUGUGACCUCACACGUGCUCGUGGAAAAGCCUCUGCGCAAACCCAAGGUGGGGCCUGAAGCCAUCGUCACAAAACGAGAUUUGGAAAGCCAACUUGAGGGUCAACUUCGAGGCAAUGAAGGGCAAGCCGCUCAAUAUGGGAUUUUCUAUGACGACUCAAAGUAUGAUUACAUGCAACAUUUGAAACCCAUCGGGGAGGGUGAUCUCUUCAUUGAGAAUAAGCCAUCGACUGAGAAAUCCAAAUUGAAGAUUGAGGACUUGUUCGACAAGACGCAAUUGCCAGAUGAAAAGGUACGUUCACGUGGGUUUCAACCUCGUAAUGAUAUUUACGAAGACAUUCCCCAAGAACUCAAAGGCUUCCAACCCGACAUGGAUCCUAGAUUGCGCGAGGUUUUGGAAGCCCUCGAGGAUGAAGCAUAUGUUGAAGAGGAAAGUAAUGCUUUGUUCGACGAUUUGUUAAAGUCGGGUAAGGUUGAAGACGAUGACUACGAUGAGUGGGACGAUGAAGAUGAGUUUGAUUACGAAGCAGAUGAAUACGAUUUCGACGCCAAGUAUCAUCAAGAAAUCGAGCAGUUCGAUAACCCAUACAAUGAAGGGGAAGCCCCCGAAGAUUUCGAUCCAGAAUUGAUGCCUAGUAAUACCGUUGGUGGAACUAAUGAUUGGCAACGCGACUUUGCCGAAUUCAAGAGGUCCACAAAACAACAUAAUGACUGGGAUUCUGAUGACGAUUUUGACGAAGAGGAGGAAAACGAGAAUGAUGCCGUCGGUGAACUUCCUACUAUACCCAACAAAAAAGUCAACAAAACCAAGCUUCGCAAAAAGAAAGGUGCAAUGACCGAUACAUCACUGUUUUCGAUGCUGUCACUGGCACUUUUCCGAACCGAAGGUUUGGCACUUUUAGAUGACCGUUUUGAGAAGAUUAAUAAGGACUAUGAAAAUGAGAACGAGGAGGAAGAGUAUAAAGAAUUCAACAUGGACAAUGAGCGCGGUGACCUAGAGGAAAUGCUUGACGACUUUUUGGAUAACUAUGAAUUAGAAGGCGGUGGUCGUCGUUUGGUGAAAAAGGAUGAAGAGUUGACUAAAAUUAAGCAAGCCGCUCAACUGGCACUGCGGAGCAAUAAAAAACGAACUGGGGUAAAUGAUGCAUUUUCUAAAUUGAGUUUAAAGGAUUAA